AUGCCGAGAAAGAAGUCUUACUUGCAAGCUAUUCCUUAUGUAAAUUCGGAAGUGCCGGUUGAAGUCUUGUUAUCUGAAACUGAUACUCAGAGCAUCAGUGUGGUGCCAACCUGUAGGUUUUCGGAUACACACGUUCUUGUUAAAGUGCGAACUCGAAAUGAAGGAAAGCCUGGUUCUUUGACCAUCUGCCCCUCUGAAGCUAUCAGCAAUAGUGACAGCACUACAUUGGUGAAAACGCCUGUCAGUGUUGAUUUACAUCAGGAGUAUAUCCAGCCAAGUGAUAUUCCAAGCCAUCACGUGGAACCGCGAGAUAAUGAAGAGAACAUUGAAGUAAAUGAGACAAGUGAUGAAUGGCAUGCAACAGACGUGUGUGCCUGUGGAGGACUGAUGGUCGAGAAACCCAUGCUUCUUUAUCUAUGUGAAAAAUGCGGUAACCAAAGUCCAGAAUUGCAUCGCAGGAGCAUUGAAGCAAUGAAACAUGAUUGUGAAGUUGAAAAUGAACUGCCUGAUAAAAUAAAGAGUGGUGAUUCCAAACCGCCGUUACCAUUGAAGAAAGCCGGGAGGUUUUAUGGAAAAGUUGUGUCAGAUGUUCCUCAGAUGAAAAUGACGAUAAGUCCAUAUCCAAUAUUUGUCGAUGAACAUAAGGAGGUGACGAUCACCAUUGAAACUAGGGGAAAAGCAAAGGAAAUUAGAAUAAGUCGAGAGCAUGAUAAAGAACCUACACUAUGUGGUUCUCGUAUGGUUAUUCCUCCUUUACUCAAAGAUGAUGCUGGUGUCUACAUCAUUGAUAUUCUGUUGAGUCUUGAUAACUACUAUGAUUGCGCCAGAGUAAAAAUUGAUGUGUUUAAAGAUGUGAAAGAAAUGGUUUCGUCAUGUAAGUUGAACAUAAACGGUAUUUUGGAUGACAUAGAUAUAAGUGACCUUAUGAAGAUCUAUUUGGACCCUGAUACCCAUCCAACAAGGAAAAACUGGCGACACCUCGGAUGUUAUUUAGGGAAGCUUUCUGGCGAGCAAAUGAAUAACUUAGCGUCAUUGGAUAAUAAAACCAAAGGUGUGCUUGAAGUUAUCAAAAGCAAGUCACCAAAUUGCACAUGUGCUGAAAUUGUACAAUGUUUACAGAGGUGUAUGAUUAGAAAUGACUUAGUUAAUGAAAUCAGCUUGCAUCACAAGUGUCUUGCCUGUGAUUACUUUUACCAGCAUGUGUAG